UCAUCAUUUGUAAAUAUGAGUACAGACGGACCUGUUGUCAAUGUGCACGUGCUGUUUUUUGCCCAAUCCCGAGAGUUAGCCAAAACUCCCCGAUCGAAAGUGGAUGUGCCUGCGGAAAUAAUUGCUUCUGAUCUACUAGAACAAUUGGUGUCCAAGUUCGGACUGACAUCCAUUCGGGAUAACUUGAUCUUGGCCCACAACGAAUCGUACAUUGAGAACCUAAGUGAUAGGAUACAGUUUAAAGAAGGGGACGAGUUGGCCGUUAUACCACCACUAAGUGGAGGAUAA